AAAUCAUUCAGACAAACAACAGAUUCUUUACCUUCAUCGAUCAAGAAUACAAUACAUAACACCCAAAAUGCGCACUUUUUCUGCUGCGGCUCUUUUAUUAAUUGCUUACGCUACUGGCAUUUACAGCCAUGAUGUCGGCACAUUUGAUACUUUUACCGAUAUAUCCUGUAGCGAGGGAGGGGAGGGAAUCACUCUUCCAGACGAAGCCUCCUCUGGCACACUCUCUUCUGACGUUCAGUCGGUUAAGGCUUAUAUUCCUAACUGUGCCCUUGUUAUUUGGGUUAACGGCGGAGGCUGGUAUCCCUUGGUCAUUCGUCCGGGCGAUUCGUCGUGUUACGAACUUACCGGACCUGGGCGCAGCUGGAAUCUUUCCUGUUAAGCUUAUGCUACACAGCCUAGUAUAGGUUAUUUUAAUGAAGGGUUUUGACUGAUCUUGUGGUUGAUUGGUGGCUAGGUUUGGCGACUGAGCCAAGGCUAUCCCGGAUUUCUGAUGGUGAAGGGGAUUGUUUCCUCGAUUUAUACAGAAGAAAUAAACAAGUUUAUGUCCCUCCAGAUAUCUAUGGAUACAUGUACCGAUUCACACUGAAAUCUAGCACAUGCGACCACAGUUAGUGGAGAAUUCGGGGUCCCAUCAAGUUCUUUCUUUUGGUUCAUUGUCUGUCAUUAUGCACACCAUUGGGAUCCAAG